GGGUCAGACAACCUGGCAGCUAGGUACGUGCCGUACUUAUCCAGGGUAGUUUGUACCGUGCAUAAAAGCAUGCCAGUCGAUACCCUCAUUAGUCUCCGUGUGCUUCGCCACUCGGAGCUAAUUUUAUUUGUGGCUUCGAUAUUGUGCUUUCCACUGUCUCCCUUUGGCGGAAUGAAUUCUGGAGACAGCAGUUACGCUAGCAGCCCUGCCGACAAUUCUCUACAUUCAUACACACUAGUAUGCGGAACUAAAUACCAACUCGGCUCUGUCGAGUAUUUGCUCUUGAUGAUUACGCGCUAUACUGAAUAAGCUCUCAGGCUGCCUGUGUGGCAGAUGUCGAAUCUUGCCUCUUAUUAUCCUGCUAAGUCCUAUCGGCCGGAUCUACUAUAUAUUUUGGAGGCGCUGGUAUCCUGCAAGCGGAGCCA